AUGCGCGGUGAAAUUUGUCAUAUUCACGUCGGCCAGGCUGGUGUCCAGCUGGGUAACGCGGCAUGGGAGCUUUAUCUACUCGAACACAACUUGAUGCCCGAUGGACAUAUAAAUCCCGAUAUUAGCGAGGAUAUUCGCAAAAGCAGCUCAUAUGAGACCUUCUUCGCCGAGGCCGAAAAUGGCAAAUACGUCCCCCGUUCGAUCUUUGUCGACCUCGAUCCUUCGCCUGUUGACGAGAUCCGCACCGGUACCUACCGCAAUCUGUUCCACCCAGAACAAUUGAUAAGUGGGAAAGAAGAUGCCGCCAAUAACUGCAUGAGCCCCUCAUAUCUGAAAUACGUGCAUGCCCGUGGGCACUAUACAGUUGGCAAGGGGCUCUUGGAUAAUGUUAUUGAUCGAAUCCGACGUGUGGCUGAUAACUGCUCCUCCUUUCAGGGCUUUUUGAUCUUCCGCUCUAUCGGUGGUGGUACUGGCUCUGGCUUCGGUGCUUUGUUGCUAGAGCGCCUUGCUGCCGAGUACGGCAAGAAAUCGAAGCUGGAGUUCGCAGUCUACCCAUCUCCCAGCGUGGCGACUGCCGUGGUAGAGCCAUACAAUGCUGUGCUAUCCACCCAUAGCACCAUUGAAAACUCCGAAUGUACAUUCCUCGUCGACAACGAAGCAGUUUACGAUAUCUGUAAACGCAACCUAGACAUCCCUCGACCUGGCUUUGAUCAUCUCAACCGGCUCAUCGCCCAGGUGGUUAGCUCUGUCACCGCUAGCUUGCGCUUCGAAGGCGCUCUCAAUGUCGACCUAAAUGAGUUCCAGACCAACCUCGUGCCGUUCCCGCGUAUUCAUUACCCUCUUAUUUCAUAUGCUCCGAUCAUAUCAAGUAACCGCAGCAGCCACGAAGGCCACAAAGUUAGAGAUCUUACUAUGCAGUGCUUUGAACCCAAACAUCAGAUGGUUGUCUGCGAUCCUUAUAAGGGCAAGUAUAUGGCCGUGGCUCUUCUGUACCGAGGAGACGUUGUGCCUUACGAAUGCAGCCAAGCUAUUGCUCAUGUCAAAUCCAAGGCGUCGUUCAACCUAGUCGAGUGGUGUCCCACCGGGUUUAAGGUUGGAAUCAAUUACCAGAAGCCUGUAAGUGUGCCUGAUAGCCAACUUGCAGCUGUCGACCGUUCGGUCACUAUGCUUUCUAACUCCACCUCUAUCGCUGAGGCCUGGGGCCGUCUCGAUCACAAAUUCGACCUCAUGUACACCAAACGGGCCUUCGUCCAUUGGUACGUGGGUGAGGGUAUGGAGGAGGGCGAGUUUUCCGAGGCUCGUGAGAACCUGGCAGCUCUGGAGAGGGAUUAUGAGGAGAUUGCCGGUGACGCUAUGGCCACUGAUGGUGAAUUCGAGCAAGAGUUCUGA